UUCUGCGCAAAGGCCAGGCUGACACCUUCCCCGACGCGUUGUGUUUGUGAGCCGGUGCGAUGGGCGGCAGGGUGACCCGCGUGCUUAGCAAGUUUAACUUGGAGAGCCGAGCGCACCGGGAAAUCAGCAAGAAGAAACCCAGGGUUGCCCCGCGCCACCCCGGCCCAGCCGAACCGGAUUGGUCUGCCAAUUUCCAAGAAGAGAUAAAGAAAAAAGAUGAAAAGCUUCUUACUUUCUUGAAGGAUGUCUAUGUUGAUUCCACUGAUCCAAGCUUGCAAAGGAAAAAAAAAGGGAGAAAUCUCCCUCAUAAGGAGGAGGAUUACAGGCCGGUAAUAGAUGGACAGUUCAAUUAUCAGGACAUUCAGACUGUUCCCAAAGGCAAAAUCUUGAUAGAGGAAGCUUUGACUCUUCUCAACCAUCAUCAGCGCUCUCCAGAGACAUGGACUGCUGAGAAAAUAGCAGAGAAAUAUUCUCUAGAACUGAAGGAUGUGAAUAGCCUUUUAACAUUCUUCAUCCCGUUUGUUAUGGAUUUCCUUCCUUACAAAGACCAGAAAACCCUGGACUCCAAAUAAAAAUUGCAAACACAA